AUCAGUGGAGAAGGAUGCAGUUGCCAGGACAAGAUUAUCAUUUCAUAACAAAUAAUGAUACAGCAGUCUGUAACCAUGUGCAUGAUAACACUUAAGGAGUCUCAUAUCACUCUGCACUGUAAAAUCUACUAUAGUCUGAUUCAAUUCAUGUGUAUUUUUUUUUAAAGGUAAACCAAAAGUAAACCAAAUGUACUCAGUCCUGAGAACAUUUGGUGCUUUAUACGGGAAUACUAGGAUUUUAAAGUCAAUCUUUUGACACACAGGGAGUAAGCGCAGUGAUUUAAAUAACACAUUAAACCAGAACUGAGACUAACACACGGAAUCCAUUCUGUGCAGGCUACAAUGAUUUAUGCUAUGGAACAGAUAUUAAUACAUAUUUAGAUAAUAUUAAGAAGUGCAAAACAAAGAAAAGGACCUUGGUGCCGCUGCCGUGGGAAUUGCUUAAGGAGUGAAGCUGAUGUCUUUUAUCGAGAGCUGCCAAAAGUGGAGCUUCAUGCUCACCUCAACGGCUCCGUCAGCUACCAGACCAUCGAGAAACUGUUCAGCCGAAAACCUCAUCUCAACAUUGAGCACAGCAUGACGGCCAUCGGCAAAGGCCAGCGGAGGACACUGGACGAAUGUUUUCAGGUCUUCAAGGUCAUCCAGCAGCUGGUGAACACGGAGGAGGAUAUCCUGAUGGUGGCUACAGAUGUUAUCAAAGAGUUUGCAGCUGAUGGUGUCAAGUAUUUAGAACUGAGAAGCACUCCAAGGGAGGAGAAAGACACAGGACUGACAAAAAAGACAUAUGUUGAAACUUGUCUCAAAGCCAUCCAACAGUGUAAAGAGGAGGGAGUGGACAUUGAUGUCAGGUUUCUGGUGGCCAUCGACCGCAGGAACGGGACUGAAGUCGCGAUGGAAACAGUGAAGCUGGCUGAGGAGUUCAUGCUGUCCUCUGAUGGUGUGGUGGUGGGACUCGACCUCAGUGGAGACCCAACGGUUGGUCAUGGCAAAGACCUACUUCCUGCCUUACAAAGGGCCAAGAACUGUGGAUUGAAGUUGUCACUGCAUCUCUCAGAAGUACCAUCACAGCUGGAGGAGUCGGACCUGCUGUUGAAUCUUCCUCCAGACAGGAUCGGUCACGGCACCUUCUUACAUCCUGAAGUGGGCGGAUCUGAAGGUCUUGUUGACAAAGUGGUGAAGAACAACAUACCACUGGAGUUGUGUCUGACGUCAAAUGUCAAAGGACAAACUGUGCCUUCUUACUCCAAACAUCAUUUCAAAUACUGGUACCAGAAGGGCCAUCCAAGUGUGAUAUGUACUGAUGAUAAAGGAGUCUUCUCUACAGACUUGUCUCAGGAAUAUCAGCUGGCAGCUUCCACAUUUGGUCUCGAUCAUGAAGCCGUAUGGAAGCUCUCCCAGCAGGCCAUAGACUGUAUCUUCGCACCAGACUCUGUGAAACAGCAGCUCAAACAGAAGUGGACUGAUCUCCAACCUCAAGUGUUCAAGUGACCUGCUCAGUGGAACCUAAAGCCAACCAUACUCCUCAGUAUAAAAAAAGACUUUUCAUCAACUUUUUACAAGCUUUUGUAGAAAUCAUGACAUAAACUCAAAAGAGAACUCUUUAAAACACUGUGAACAUAUCUGAAAUACCUAAAAGUAAAUGAUACAUAUUUAGUACAACAA